AUGCAGUCAGAACGCAAGGGGCCAGAUCCCGAACCAUUGUCUGAAAGUGAAAAACGUCAUCUCAGCAAGUACGGAAGGCUGCCGCGAGGAGGCUUACUCGCCCAACAAUCCAAGGAACGGCGCUACUUCGACUCCGGCGACUUCGCUCUUUCUACCACUGAACACGUGACCGACAACGGCGCAAUCAAAACAGGCAGAACACAUCCCGAUCGGGACAGCAUUUCGCACCCCUAUGCCCCUAUCCCAAGCUCAAGUAAUGUUGACAAGGAUGCCACCGAUGAUUUGUAUAGGAAGAGUGCAGAUUAUGAAAAGAGCCCUCUCCUUCAGAAAGGAAAUAUCAAUGAUGAAAAACCCACAACCGAGGAGGGGCAGAGCAGCUCUAUAUCUCACGAAUGA